AUGUUCUCUGAAUACGCAUCUAGGUUCCUUGCACAGUCCCAGUCACGUAUCAGCUUCGCGCCAGCGGAAGAGCGUCGAUCUGGGGAUGGCCAGGGUCGACGACACAACCCAACAUGGAGAACGUCGACUACAUCUAGGACACUGGCUCCCCGUGCCCCAAACCCCUAUCAACCGACAUCCUCACAAUUGUCCGCAUUUCCGUUCGCGUCUCGUCUGAAUUCUCAACAAGCCCCUCUUUUCUACAGUGCAACAGAUGAGUUUCGGGAAGAGAACGAUGAGGAGGAACAUGAGCGAGAGAUUGCCGAUUAUUACGCACUCCAGCGUUCACGGCGACAGUUAGGGGCCAGUGACUUAAGGGCCUCAUCCGACGCUGGAGAUGGUUCUGGAUCUAGCUUCAACGGAGCAACCAGCCAAGGAGGCGAUUCACAUGACCGGUCUACUGGAAGAGGUGGUGGUAUUAGAAGCUCCUGGCACGGAAACGCUCCAACUACUCGACGCAGAGAACCUGGACUAGCGGAUCUAGCUGAGUCAACGGAGUCGCAGUUAAGAGAUGGGGACCCAACAUUGUCCAGAAACCAGAUGGUCGACAUAGGUUUAGAAGACACCCUGAGGACCGAAGAGGACGACGACCCUCCUGAAGAUCUGAUGGAAAACCCCCCUUCAAUCCAACAUCUGCGCAAGCCGAUUCGAUUGACAAAAAACGAGUAUGACUCAGAAGGGUCGGAGAAUGAGAGCAUUCAAGGACGACUGCUUACACAUUCACGGAAUGCUUCGGGCGGAGAUGAAUCAAUUCCUGACAGCAUACAACCUGCCAUUCAUCAGCCAAGACAUGAUCCUUUCUGGGGCCAAGUCUACUUCCUUGCGCUUGCAGCCAUGUGUACCACAUGGUUCCUCGUCUUCCUUCACACGCAAUCGCCUAGCACCAAUCAACCUCUCGGCGACACUAUCUACACAGCACUGCACGGAUCCUUUUACCUUUUAGCGACUUAUACCCUUGUAGCGACUUUUGUUUCCUUAUUUUGGCUCGCGGCCCUCCGGUCAUAUGUUCGAUACCUGGUCUACGGCUUCUUGGUUGCAGUACCGGUUAUCCUUUACGCGUUCUCCCUCUAUCCCCUGAUUGCGAGCUACAAGGGCUCGUGGCAUGGCUCAAGUAUCCAGGAUGUAUUAAUGAGGUGGAGUUCACUGAUUCCUGCCGCGCUGGCAACCCUAUGGAUCCUAGCUGUUCUCCGUGGAAGGAUGGCCAUGCAGAGAGCCAUUUCAAUCCUGGAAUUUGCGACUAGGAUAUUGGCCGCGAACCCAACGUUAGUGUUGGUUGGCUUUUCCACCCUGGGAUUCAUUAUCAGUUUCACCUGGGUGUGGCUGUCUAUGUUCACCAGAGUCUUCCUCAGCGGACACCCCUCAACUCGGUCGACCAUCAGCAAAUUCGUCAUUGACACCUCCACGUGGUGGUUAGGAGUGUAUUUCAUCCUGGUGUAUCUCUGGACGAUCGCCCUUGCCUUUGGGAUGCAACGGACAAUCACCUCAGCCACUGUAUCGCAAUGGUAUUUCCAUCGUCUAGCCGUGCCAGCCCCGACCCCUCAAGCCAUCGUCAAAGCCGCCCUCUACCACUCUGCAACGACGCUUUUUGGCACGAUUGCGUUGUUCACCGGUUUGAGCCUCUUGGUCAGACUACCUUUGCUGGUAUUUCCUCGACGACUCACAACGCUCCUUGGAGUUGCGAUGUAUUCAUUUAUUCCGAGUCCAAUCGUUGUGCUCAUCAAUCCACUCACACUUACUUAUGCCGCCAUUCAUUCUCAGCCUUUAAGCAUCAGUGCAAGAGGACUCUCUCAGAUGCAAUUCCUCGCGCCAAACGACGCCACCACGGCCCUCCAUCCACAUACAUUCUCCCAACGCCGGAGGAGUGAUGGGUGGACUGGUGAUUCUGCGCCCCUUUUGCCGUAUCGACUAGCCAAGCUUGUGCUCCAUGCAACUCGGUUCAUCAUGUCACUAGCUUUGGGGUUCGGUGGAUGGGUCACAACUGCUAGAUCUUUGAGACUUGAAGGCGCGGGGAUGCGAGGCAGCCUUUACGCUUACAUAGUUGGCCUGAUGGCCGGAGCCAUUGGUUGGGGCAUCCUCGGAGCGAUGGAGGGCGUCCUUGCGUGCGUUGUCGAUGCGGUGGUUGUAUGCUGGGGCACCGAAGUCGGUAGCACUGGCACUGGAGAGGUCCGAUAUUGUAGAGAGGCAGGAAAUCUGUUUGGCGACAACGAAGACAGAGCCGGAGGACGCGUCAGUUUAGCUUGA